UAGCAUUUUAUUAGAAAAGUAAAACAAUAUGAAAACCAAUAAAAAUAUUUUAAUAGCUUGUACCGGUAGUGUGGCCACCAUUAAGUUGCCGUUGCUUAUAGAAAAAUUGUUAGCGAUAGAUAAUGAAUAUUAUAGUUUUAAUAUCAAAGUUAUUGUUACUGAACAUGCCAAACAUUUUAUAGAUAAUUCUUCUAUGCCAAAGGACAUAGAAAUAUUAGAUGAUCGAAGUGAAUGGAGUGCAUGGAAUAAACGUGGUGAUCCUGUUGUUCAUAUAGAUUUGGGUAAAUGGGCUGAUAUGCUGGUGAUAGCACCUUUAAGUGCAAAUUCUUUGGCUAAGAUUGCUAUGGUGAGUAGAAGUGUUGACAAGAGAAUACGGAAUAAAGAAAGAUAGAUAAGUAGAUA